UGAAAUUUUCAUGCUAGGCGGAAAUGGGCGAUUUUUAAAUUAGUUUCUUGACCAUCAUUUUCUUACCGAUGCACAUGUUUAUAGUAAGCGCAUGAUCAGAUAAAUUCUGGUACUAAACUUCUUAUUGAAUGUAAGGAGUACAUCGUCAUCCAUUGCAGAUGCUGUUUGUUAAUAUUAAAUAGGGCGUCUGCUGUUGACUAACUUUUCUGCACAAACUACGGAAACCAAAAUGCCAAAAAUGAGACCAGUUCAAAAUAGACUGGUGCCUUGUUCGCUACAACAUUGAUUCUCCGUCUCAGCAGUCAAGCAGUCAUUAUCAGGAAUCCUAACUAAUGGAGGUCACUGUUUGAUGAUUGGUCAGAAGUUAGAACUAGAUUAGAUUUAGAAAGUUAGUUUUAGAUCAAAACUAUAAAAUGCUUCUACCAUCGAGAGAGGAUUGUGUUCAUACAAGUUGCUUUUGUGAGGAGAAUGUUUGGAAGUUGAUGGAAUACAUUCAGCAACAUGACCCUAACAGACUGCAAGACUACUCCGCUAUCUUCAUAUCAAAUGCUGCCAAAACAGUCCCGAUUUGGUUCCAGAGAGCAGGUUUCAGUCCAGAUCAACCUGUUGUUUGGGACUAUCAUGUGAUUUGCCUGCAUUGUCCGUCGGGAUGUGAGCCAGUUAUUUAUGAUUUGGACACCUUGCUACCAUUUCCAUAUCCCUUGAUGAAGUACCUUCAGAGAGCUAUCCAGUCAGAUGACAAACUAAGGCAGAAAUACCACAGAAUGUUUCGAGUGAUUCCUGCAGAGUUAUUCUUGAAGACGUUUGCUUCAAAUAGAACACACAUGAAGAAAGCUGAUGGGUCCUGGAUGCAAGCUCCUCCCACAUAUCCUUGCAUUUCCACAGAAGGACAUCAACUACUGUACAUGGAACAAACUUUUGUGCGGAUGGCGGUCACCAGUUAUGACUGCAGCUUUGUGUUUCCAACAACAAGAAAGGGUGAAGAGUCUGAUCCCUUUUUGGGAAAUAUGAGAAAGCUAUUCGGUAUUGCUACAGUACUUAGGGAACAAGACAGAUGAUAACAUGUUGAUGUUGAUCAAUCAAGGUUGUCGUCCUGCUACCCUCGGAACCAUUUUCCAUCCUCUCUCUGCACAAUUUCCAAAGCAAGUUAACCAACUUAACUAUACAAUGGCAUGGGUUGUAUUUAGUGGCAGAACUGUGCACCAAGCUAAAGGUACAUGUGUGUACUGCUUACAUGUAGAUGUUAUAUGAUAUCAAUUAUAUUGCAAGCUGCAUCCUUUUGUAUUACUCAAAAUCACAGUGGAUGAUAUUGAAUGGUCAGACCAUAGGAGGGUUGACCGUGUACAUGUACUUCAUGUUAUUAGAUGCAUUCACCAUGUUAUGAUGAUGUUCCAAAGGCUGGCAUACUUAAUGUGUCAUUCAAACAAUGUAAAUGAUAAUGAAUGGUCAGACAGUGGGAGGGUUGACCGUGUACAUGUACUUCAUGUUAUUAGAUGCAUUCACCAUGUUAUGAUGAUGUUCCAAAGGCUGGCAUACUUAAUGUGUCAUUCAAACAAUGUAAAUGAUAAUGAAUGGUCAGACAGUGGGAGGGUCGACUGUGUAUUAAGCAGAUGUAUCAUCACAUGAUAAUAUUUUGCCGACUGGCAUACUUAAUUAUACCAAAACAAAAAUGUUGCAUACACCCUUUUAAAUUGUAUUAAAUUGUCAGACAGUAGGAGGGCCUUUUAACAGAUGCUGAUCACUGCCCCAGUAAACAUUACUUUACUUUGACGUAACAAACACAAAUGAGACCAGACAUAUUAUUAAACUUUUACUUUUAUCUGCCUACGAAAUUUAUUGGUCAAUUCCUAGUUGGCAUGUUUAACAAAUUACAAUUCGACCAUAAAUAAUACACUAUCCAUUACCACUAAAAUACAUACAUACAUUUCAAUUCAGAUCUACAUACUUACACAUUCAAAAUGUAUCGCCUCAAAAUUGUAAAACAAAAAUGUAAAACCAAAAAUUCAACUUGUAAUGUUCAUUUCAUGAUGACCUGUAACUGCACAGAGUAUAAAAUACGACUUUUUUGAAUGAUUAAAAACGUUCUCGCAUUCGUAGAGAAAUCAUGAAUUAAAAUUAAAAUUUAAUUGUUACAAUCGACUGAGAGGAUGUAGACUUUAAGUCCCUGCUCUUUCUUGUUUGGCUCCGCCCAUAAAAAACAGUUCCCAACUAAAAAAAAAGAAAAGUUUUUGCUAAUGCAAAUUAUUUUCUUUCUGGUUCAGCUAAAGCGAUUGUACUUACUGGACAUAAAGCAAUGUUUCUGGAGCACUAACAAGGACAAUACAGAGAACCAUUUUUGUCAAAGUUCUAUCUUAAUUAUUUCAUGAUAAUAAUAUGAAUAUAUAUUAAUUUUUUGGUUUGCGGUAACAUCAUAAUAUUACUUGCACAAAUAACCAGACUGCUUUUAAAAAUGUAUUGUGUUAUAAAUGGUGAAGGUACAUUUGUUAAAAAUAUUAUUUUUUCUUGUAAUAUUUUAAAUAUUAAAUUGUUUUUUAUUUCAAGCAAUAACAACAUUAGGACAUUACUCAGGCAAGUGUCAAACCAACCUCAUUUGGUUCAGUGUUUGAAAUGUUCAAACUUUUGAUAGUGAGAAAUUUCAAAUUUUAGUAAUGAGUAAUGAAGUGAGCUUGAUACUCAUCAAGACAAAUAAGAUCUAUCUUCUCUUACAUGUCUUAGAGCUUGUUUCAAUAAUAAGCUAAAUGAAUAUUAGGCCAUGUAGGAAGUUGUUCUCAUUUUGAUUCUGGUCAUACAUUUUGGCCAACCGUGGUCAUAUGGAUUCUUUCCCCAAAAAUGUGAGCGUUGCUCUAAAUAAACACAAAAUUUAAAAAGUCUAAACGUAAAUAAAUUAACUUCUGUAACUGAGAAUAGAGUCUACUGAGUUAGCAUGUACAACUAUGAUACAGCUUUGAAUUUAAUUUUUGUUUCAAAAGAAGUUUAAAUAAUGAUUAAAAUUGGGAAAAAAUAUAA